UUUUUUUACCUUUUUUCUUUACAUAGGAAACAUGAAUGGGAAAAACAUGGGACAUGUGCAGCUGAAUUAGAGGUUCUUAACUCACAAAAAAAAUAUUUUCAGAAGGCACUGGAACUCUACAGAAAAACUGACCUUAACAGUUUUCUCUUGAAAGUUGGGAUAAAGCCAGGCUCUACCUACUAUCAGCUGACAGCCGUCAAAGAAGCUCUUGAAAGCUUUUACAAUGUAAUGCCAAAGAUUCAGUGUAUUCCUCCUGAAGAGGGACGGCUACAAGUAAUAGGCCAGAUUAAAUUCUGCUUUACCAAGGAGUUUACUCUGAGAAAUUGUACAGAGGAACAAUCUGGUUUAUCUUCUGCAUUUGAAGAUGACUUUUUCAGAACAGAGGAUCUGUCCGUUUGUAAUGAUACUUUGACUUACUAUCCUUCACAUAUGAAAAGUUACAAACAUUUUGUUGCAAAUGUUGUUGAAAUUUAGGAAAGUUGAACUUUUUAAAGUUUUGGCGGGGAACAAUUAUGCAUUGGAUUUAUACAGCAACGCCAUCUGUGAAGCUAGUAUUAAGGGCUUUCUUUGUGUUUUGAUUGGUGACUGCUUGUUUCGUUAAAAUUGCUGUCCAUAUAUAAUGUACUUUUUCUUCAAUAAAAUUGGCUUAUUUUUCAUUUUUUCUCAAAUUUAUUAGGUGUUAUUUUUAAAUCAAUAUCAGUUGCAAAAUUAUUGCAAUCUGUUAGUGAUCUGCAAUGUUCGUGACAAAAUUUAUUUAGCUACCUAAAAAAAACCUCGGCAUAUAUUUGUAUCAAAUACAAGACUGUAGCAAUUCAUCAAGAAAAAGUCAACUAGAGCAGUAGAUAGCCAUCCUUAGGCAGCCUUAUAUUAUAUAUUUUAAAAGCCCCAAACAAAUGGUAAAGCAUAUAAUUGUCUGGUUUGGUACAGCAACCAAACAGGACAGUUAGGACUGCAGAAAAAACAAUUGCAACCAGCCUGCCUUCCAUUGAAGACCUGUAUCCUGCAAGAGCCAGAAAGAUGGCUGAGAAAAUAUCUACAAACCCUUCACAUCCUGGACAUAAACUGCUUCAACUCCUCCCCUCAGGAUGCUGCUAUAAAGCCUUGCAUGCCAAAACAACUAGAAACCAAGACAAUUUUUUCCCUUGUGCCACCACUCUGCUGAAGGAAUACCUUAUUACAAUACUGUCUUAUGUUUAAGGAUAUUUACCCAUGUAGUAUGGCUAUAUUACUAUUAUGCUUCUCGUCUUUUCUACUACCUUCUCCUGUUGGUAUCUUAUGAUUAUAUUACUUUCUUGUUUGUAUGUACAUUGAGAGCUUAUGCACCAGAGACAAAAUCCUUAUACGUUCAAUCACACUUGGCCAAUCAAGUGUUCUCUUCUCUUCUAUUUCUAUUAUUUCUAUUCAAAUUCAACAUCAAAGUAACUGCUAUGUUAUAAUGAAUAUGUGAGAGUAAAAUACUCUAGAAAGAA